AUGGACGAGACAACUGCUACAAUUCUUUAUGGGUGUAAAUUAGCUAAAGAGCUUGAAGCCAACUUGCCAAACUGGGCAAAUCAACCCCAUCUCACUUUAAAUAAAACCGAAGAGAUCGUUGCGGUUUUUAAUAAUGUAAAGGAAAGAUUGAGCUAUCAUCAUCAUCAUCAGCAGGCACUAGAAUUUUUCCAUGCAGCAGAGAUGCUGGGUGAGAGGCCGGCGACGGCAGCAUUUGCCGUGCAUGGGCUGCCGCUGGCGCAGGAAAGCGAUCAAGUGGGUGUAUCUGAUUCGAGUAGAGGAGGUGGUUCUUCUUCUUCCUCUUCUCAAAGGCAACGAAGAAGACCGGGUGAUACAGACACAAGAACAGUGAGGGUGGCUGCUCCUAGAAUGGGAAAUCUUGAACUUCCACCUGAGGAUGGUUAUACUUGGAGAAAAUAUGGUCAGAAAGAGAUCCUUGGUUCUAGGUUCCCAAGGGCUUAUUAUAGAUGCACCCACCAAAAGCUAUACAAUUGUCCAGCCAAAAAGCAAGUCCAGCGCCUUGACAAUGAUCCUUACGUAUUUGAAGUAACAUACAGAUCUCAACACACUUGCUAUAUGUCCGCCACAGCUCCCACCGUGCCUCCUCCGUCAGUGGAAGAGAUAACUCAUCAAACCACCACAAUCCUUCCACCACCUCUGCCGGAUUUUGGGCACAGUACUGGUGGUUCACUAGCUAGUAUAUGCAAUGUGGAGAGCAGAGACGGCGGCGCGGGGCCCUCCGGUGGUAGAUAUGGGAGGGAAGUUGACUAUCAGUUGCCGGUGGUGGAUAUGGCUGACGCCAUGUUUAAUUAUUCUGGGAGUAGCAGCAAUAAUAGUAUGGACAUCAUCUUCUCUUCCAUUGAUGACAAAUGGGACUCGGCAGAAAAGAAAGAAUAGUUCAUAUUGUAGCCAAUAAUUAACAAACUAAACAUGACAGAGUCUAAUUAAUUGUUCAUGUAGACUUAAACUGAUUGGCCAAUUAAUAAACUAUUCCUAGCCGUUGAGUAUUAAUUAAGGUGAUCACAAGAUUGUGAAAGACCAACAUGUUAACUUGUCUAGUUUAAGUUAAGUAGUGCCAUUUUUUUUUUCAGUUUAAUUUUUGUGUAUUCAUAUUUUGUACCAAUCGAAAGUUGUUUAAUUU